AUGGAGACCAUGAACGACCCUUGGUCGCUGCUGUCGGAGGCUGGCAAGGUCAUCAACCCACAGCUACUCCCCUACGCCGCAGGCCUACUGCUCGCCUGGCCAGUGGUGACAAUCAGCCUACGUUUCCAACGACUGCGUCAAAUGCACAAAAAAUAUGACUAUCCCACACGAGAAUCGAUGGCCAAGAUGACCGACGACGAUGCAUUCAACAUCCAAAAAACUAUCGCACAGCUAGAAUUCCCAUUCAUGUUCAUCAAGAGCCUGCAAUUCGCUUUAUUCAGGACUUAUGGCAUCCCCUCAAUCUCCACCCUCCUCACCAAAACCAGCCAGUUCUCCAACCCAGAGACCUCCCUGAAGCGCUACGCAGAUACCGUCGCUCUCGUACAGGAGAUGGUCGGGAACGACCCGACUUCUCAACGCGCGUAUCUGGGUCUCGCACGGACGCGCUACCUGCACAGCGGGUACAGGGAUUCAGGGAAGAUCCUGGAUGAUGACAUGCUCUAUACACUAGCGCUGUUUGCUCUCCAGCCAAUCCGGUUCAUCAAUCGCUUUGAAUGGCGAUCUCUCAGCGAUAUGGAACGCUGCGCUAUUGGCACUUUCUGGAAAAGUGUCGGUGAUGCGCUAGAUAUCACUUAUGAGAAAUUACCCUCGGGUAAGGCAGGUUUCGUCGAUGGUAUUCAAUGGCUUGAGGAGAUUGAUGCGUGGAGUGAGGAGUAUGAAGACAAAUUCAUGGUUCCUCACCAGAAGAAUCGGGAAACAGCUGAUCAGACCACUGCGGUACUACUUUACAUGCUCCCGAAGGCUCUGCAUCCCGUUGGAUUGCAGUUUGUCUCAUACAUGAUGGACCCGAGAUUGCGGAAGUCGAUGUACUAUGAGCCGCCCUCCGCAUUAUCCAGCGCAUUCUUCUCGGCAUUGCUCACGGCCCGAAGGCUAGCUAUUCGCUACUUGUCGCUUCCAAGACCUUACUCCCAGCGCUAUGUUUCAUUUACCGAAAAGCCCGACAAAGAUGGCCGCUUCUUCUUCACCCAGUGGGACGCAGCGCCUUACUAUGUCAAAGCAACUUUCUGGAACAGAUAUGGCCCAACAGCGUGGCUAACCUGGGCUCUGGGACGGCCUGUGCCCGGUGAUGAAGGAGACAAGUAUUAUCCUAACGGAUACGUUAUCCCGAAUCUCGGGCCCAAGAGUUUCGAGGGGAAGGGCGGCAAGCAAUUGGACGAAACGCUGGAAGAGCUGAAGGGGUAUCGGACUGGAAAAUGCCCUUUCCACUAG